CGGAGCUCUCGGCGGCGGCUGGACUAGCUGAGGGGAAAUGGCUCGGACCGUGGCGGCUGCGACGGCUCGAGUUGCAGUGGAGGUACAGGCUCAGGCAGUGUGAGGUCUUGCUAUUUUGGAAGCGACAAGAAAAAAGUAGAUUAGGAGAAAGUUUGGUCUUUUUAGUGGACAUGGCUCAGAUAUCCAGCAACAAUGGAUUCAAACAAUGUUCUUCACACCUGGAACCAACAAGAACAAAAGAUGUGGACAAACAAGAAGCAUUACAGAUGGAAGCAGAAGCUUUAGCAAAACUGCAAAAGGACAGACAAGUGACAGACAAGCAGAGAGACUUUGAGUUGUCAAACAGUACCAGGCAAAAAGCACAAGUUUUUAAUAAACAGGAUUAUGAUCUCAUGGUGUUUCCUGAAUCAGAUUCCCAAAAAAGAGCCGUUGAUAUUGAUGUAGAAAAGCUCACCCAAGCUGAACUUGAAAAACUAUUGUUGGAUGACAGUUUUGAAACUAGAACACCUGUAUUGCCAGUUACUCCUGUUCUGAGCCCUUCAUUUUCAACUCAGCUCUAUCUUAGACCUACUAUUCAGAGAGGACAGUGGCCCCCUGGAUUAUCUGGGCCUUCCACUUAUACUUUACCUUCUAUUUAUCCUUCAACUUACAGUAAACCGACUGCAUUCCAGAAUGGCUUCAACCCAAGAAUGCCUACUUUUCCAUCUUCAGAACCUAUAUAUUUAAGGCUUCCGGGACAGUCUCCAUAUUUUCCAUAUCCUUUGACACCUGCCACACCCUUUCAUCCACAAGCAACUUUACCAAUUUAUCGUCCAGUAGUCAGUCCUGACAUGGCAAAACUAUUUGACAAAAUAGCUAGUACAUCAGAAUUUUUAAAAAAUGGGAAAGCAAGGACUGAUUUGGAAAUAACAAAUUCAAAAACGAAUCUACAGGUAUCUCCAAAGUCUGAGGAUAUCAGUAAAUUUGACUGGUUAGACCUUGAUCCUCUAAGGAAGCCAAAAGUGGACAAUGUGGAAGUACUAGACCAUGAAGAAGAGAGAAAUGUUCCAAGUUUGCUAGCAAAGGAUCCUUGGGAUGCUGUUCUUCUUGAAGAACGCUCACCAGCAAGUUGUCACCUUGAAAGAAAGGUGAAUGGAAAUUCCCUUUCUGGGGCAACUGUAAUAAGAAGCCAAUCUUUAAAUAUUCGAACAACUCAGCUUACAAAAGUCCAGGGCCAAAUAUUUCAGAAAGACCCAAAUGGGACCAAGUUGUCAACUGGAAGUUCACUUCUACAAGAAAUUGAAGUACAGAAUGAGGAGGUGGCAGCUUUUUGUCAAUCCAUUACAAAAUUGAAGACCAAAUUUCCAUAUACCAAUCACUGCACAAAUCCAGGCUAUUUGUUAAGUCCGGUCACAGUGCAAAGAAACAUUUGUGGAGAAAAUGCUAGUGUGAAGGUCUCCAUUGAAAUUGAAGGAUUUCAACUACCAGUUACGUUUACAUGCGAUGUGAGUUCUACUGUAGAAAUCGUUAUAAUGCAAGCCCUUUGCUGGGUACAUGAUGACUUGAAUCAAGUAGAUGUUGGCAGCUAUGUUCUGAAAGUUUGUGGUCAAGAGGAGGUGCUACAGAAUAAUCAUUGCCUUGGAAGUCAUGAACAUAUUCAAAACUGUCGAAAAUGGGACACGGAGAUUAAAUUACAACUCUUGACCUUCAGUGCAAUGUGCAAGAAUCUGGCCCGAACUGCAGAAGAUGAUGAAGCACCUGUGGAUUUGAACAAAUACCUAUAUCAAAUAGAAAAACCUUAUAAAGAAGUCAUGACAAGACACUCAGUUGAAGAACUCUUGGAUUCCUAUCACAAUCAAGUAGAACUGGCUCUUAAAAUUGAAAACCAGCACCGAGCCAUAGAUCAAGUAAUUAAAGCUGUCAGAAAAAUCUGCAGUGCUUUAGAUGGUGUAGAGACUCCUGCCAUAACGGAAUCAGUAAAGAAGCUAAAGAGAGCAGUUAACCUUCCAAGGAGUAAAAGUGCUGAUGUGACUUCACUAUCUGGAGGAGGAGAUACUAGCAUGAGCUCAACAAGGGGCUCACUGAAUCCUGAAAAUCCUGUUCAAGUAAGCAUGGACCAAUUAACUGCAGCAAUUUAUGAUCUUCUCAGACUCCAUGCAAGUUCUGGUAGGAGUCCUGCAGACUGCAUCCACAGUAGCAGGAGCAUCAAGGAGGCAUGGACCACAACAGAACAACUCCAGUUUACUAUUUUUGCUGCACAUGGAAUUUCAAGUAACUGGGUAUCAAAUUACGAAAAAUACUACUUGAUAUGUUCCCUAUCUCACAAUGGAAAGGAUCUUUUUAAACCUGUUCAAUCUAAGAAGGUUGGCACUUACAAGAAUUUCUUCUAUCUUAUUAAAUGGGAUGAACUAAUCAUUUUUCCCAUCCAGAUAUCACAAUUGCCAUUAGAAUCAGUUCUUCAUCUUACUCUUUUUGGAAUUUUAAAUCAGAGCAGUGGAAGUUCCCCUGAUUCUAAUAAGCAGAGAAAGGGGCCAGAAGCUUUGGGCAGAGUUUCUUUACCUCUUUUUGACUUUAAACGGUUUUUAACAUGUGGAACCAAACUGCUGUAUCUUUGGACUUCAUCAUAUACAAAUUCUAUUCCUGGAACAGUCCCUAAAAAAGGAUAUCUCAUGGAAAGAAUAGUGCUGCAGGUUGAUUUUCCUUGUUCUACAUUUGACAUAAUUUAUACAACUCCUCAAGUUGACAGAAGCGUUACACAGCAACACAACUUAGAAACACUGGACAAUGAUAUAAAAGGGAAACUUCUCAAUAUUCUUCACAGAGACUCAUCACUUGGACUUUCUAAAGAAGAUAAAGCCUUUUUGUGGGAGAAACGUUAUUAUUGCCUCAAACACCCAAAUUGUCUUCCCAAAAUACUAGCAAGUGCCCCAAACUGGAAAUGGGUUAAUCUUGCCAGAACAUACUCAUUGCUUCACCAAUGGCCUCCAUUGUAUCCACUGGCUGCUUUGGAGCUACUUGAUUCAAAAUUUGCUGAUCAGGAAGUAAGAUCCCUAGCUGUGACCUGGAUUGAGGCCAUUAGUGAUGAUGAGUUGACAGAUCUUCUUCCACAGUUUGUACAAGCUUUGAAAUAUGAAAUUUACUUGAAUAGUUCAUUAGUGCGCUUCCUUCUGUCCAGAGCAUUGGGAAAUAUCCAGAUAGCACACAGUUUGUAUUGGCUUCUCAAGGAUGCCCUGCAUGAUACACAGUUUGGUGUCCGAUAUGAACAUGUAUUGGGUGCUCUCCUCUCCGUAGGAGGGAAAGGACUCAGAGAAGAACUUUCUAAGCAGACAAAACUUGUACAGCUUUUAGGAGGAGUUGCAGAGAAAGUAAGGCAAGCUAGUGGAUCAUCCAGACAGGUCAUCCUCCAGAGGAGUAUGGAACGAGUACAGUCCUUUUUUCUGAAAAAUAAAUGCCGUCUCCCUCUCAAACCAAGUCUAGUGGCAAAGGAGUUAAAUAUUAAGUCAUGUUCAUUCUUCAGUUCUAAUGCUGUGCCCCUAAAAAUCACAAUGGUGAAUGCUGAUCCUUUGGGGGAAGAAAUUAAUGUCAUGUUUAAGGUUGGUGAAGAUCUUCGGCAAGAUAUGUUAGCUUUACAGAUGAUAAAGAUUAUGGAUAAGAUCUGGCUUAAAGAAGGACUCGACCUGAGGAUGGUAAUUUUCAAAUGUCUCUCAACUGGCAGAGAUCGAGGCAUGGUGGAACUAGUUCCUGCUUCAGAUACCCUCAGAAAAAUCCAAGUGGAAUAUGGUGUGACUGGAUCCUUCAAGGAUAAACCACUUGCAGAAUGGCUGAGGAAAUACAAUCCCUCUGAAGAAGAAUAUGAAAAGGCUUCUGAAAAUUUUAUCUAUUCUUGUGCUGGAUGCUGUGUAGCCACCUAUGUUUUAGGCAUCUGUGAUCGACACAAUGACAAUAUAAUGCUUCGAAGUACAGGACACAUGUUCCACAUUGACUUUGGGAAGUUUUUGGGCCAUGCACAGAUGUUCGGUAGCUUCAAAAGGGAUCGAGCUCCUUUUGUGCUUACAUCUGAUAUGGCAUACGUCAUUAAUGGGGGUGAAAAGCCCACCAUCCGUUUCCAGUUAUUUGUGGACCUUUGCUGUCAAGCCUACAACUUGAUAAGAAAACAAACAAACCUCUUUCUUAACCUACUUUCACUGAUGAUUCCUUCAGGGUUACCAGAACUUACAAGUAUUCAAGAUUUGAAAUAUGUUAGAGAUGCUCUUCAACCCCAAACUACAGAUGCAGAAGCUACAAUUUUUUUCACUAGGCUGAUUGAAUCAAGUUUGGGAAGCAUUGCCACAAAGUUUAAUUUUUUCAUUCACAAUCUUGCUCAGCUACGUUUUUCUGGUCUUCCUUCUAAUGAUGAGCCCAUCCUUUCAUUUUCACCUAAAACAUACUCUUUCAGACAAGAUGGUCGAAUCAAAGAAGUCUCUGUUUUCACAUAUCAUAAGAAAUACAACCCAGAUAAACACUAUAUUUAUGUAGUCCGAAUUUUGAGAGAAGGACAGCUUGAACCAUCAUUUGUAUUCCGGACAUUUGACGAGUUUCAAGAACUUCACAAUAAGCUCAGUAUUAUUUUUCCACUUUGGAAGUUACCUGGCUUUCCUAAUAGGAUGGUUUUAGGAAGAACACACAUAAAAGAUGUAGCAGCCAAAAGGAAAGUUGAGUUGAACAGUUAUUUACAGAGUUUGAUGAGUGCUUCAACAGAUGUAGCAGAGUGUGAUCUUGUUUGUACUUUUUUCCACCCUUUAAUUCGUGAUGAGAAAGCUGAAGGAAUAGCCAGGUCUGCAGGUUCAGGUCCCUUCAGUCCUACUCCAGGCCAAAUAGGAGGAGCAGUGAAGUUAUCUGUCUCUUACCGAAAUGGUACUCUGUUCAUCAUGGUGAUGCACAUCAAAGAUCUUGUUACUGAAGAUGGGGCUGAUCCAAAUCCAUAUGUCAAAACAUACCUACUUCCAGAUACCCACAAAACAUCCAAACGUAAAACCAAAACUUCACGAAAAACUAGGAAUCCAACAUUCAAUGAAAUGCUUGUGUACAAUGGAUAUAGCAAGGAAACCCUAAGACAAAGAGAACUUCAACUGAGUGUACUAAGUGCAGAAUCUCUGCGGGAGAAUUUUUUCUUGGGUGGAAUAACUCUGCCUUUGAAAGAUUUCAACUUGAGCAAAGAGACAGUUAAGUGGUAUCAGCUGACUGCAGCAACUUACUUGUAAUCAAGUGAAUUUCUCAGAUUUGGAAGUAAGAAGAGUUACAUAAAUGUGUGUAUACAUGAAUGCAUGCAGACUUGUGAACUUUGUAUAGUAUUUUUAUACUUGUGCAAAAAUUAUAAAGUGAAAUAUACUUGCUGUAUUUCAACACAUCAGUUGGACCAAUAGUCACAUAACUAAAUUUUAUAAAUUUCAGGAAGCCAUUACUGUUUUAAAGUCAUUUGAAAUGUUACAAAUCCUAACCUUGAUAAGUCCUGAAAAAGACUUUGAGGUAGUACUAUUUUGAGGUAGUUCAGCCAUCCAUUUUGCAGUGUUUCCUAUACAAACAUCAUAUAUUUGUUUUUCUGUUAUGCACCUUUUACAGCUUUUACCACUGUGUAUGUUCACAAACACCAAAGUAAAGGAAAGAUGCAGAAUGUUACCAUAAAACGCAGCUGCUAUUCAUAGAGCUGAAAAGCAAAGCACAAAUAGUAGAUAGCUAUGUUAAAAACUACUAAGUAGUUUAUAGAAAAUAGGGGAAAAAAUAAUAGUUUUUUUUAUUCAUUAUUAAAGCCUUUUUCAGAAUAAGUGCCAAUUGCUGAAGUUGUAAAUAAUGGUGCCUUACUUAACUUUAUAUGCAUCUUUGGCACUUACUUUCUGACUUUUUUUCCCUAACUUGAUAAAUAAUGAGUAAUUUCCCCACACUUUCAGCUUAUUAAGGACAAAACAUUAUGUACAUAUACUGAUGUUUUUCCCACAAAAACAAUUUUCUUUGCUUCUGUUGUGUUACUUAUUUUAACUGUCAAUCCACUUGAUUUAGGUUUUCAUUGCCCAGAACUGAAUAAGAUUCAUUGAUGUAGUUGUAUAAUAAAUUCUAUCAUUCCAUUAUAAUCCUACACUUAUUCCUAGGGGUGUGAAUUGAAGCUGGGUAAUAUCACUUCCAUAUAUCUUUACUUUCUCAUUAAAUAAGUGAACAUUUUCCAUUCCUGUGCCCAUUCCUGUUUGCAUAAGAACUCCAUAAUAGGACAGACUCUUUACAAAGAGGCAAAGGACAAGGAUUGUAGGGUCCAAACAGUUUUAAUAUAGAUCUUUAUGGGAGUUCAUCUUAUAAAUUGACAUUUGUAAACAUUAUAUGUUCACAUUUAAGAAUUAUUUUCCAUCAUACAAUGAGAUUCAGAAUCAUAAGGGACAGAAAUGAAAUUAUUAUACUAUAACCAUUAAGGAUAACACUCAUUUUUUUACUACUCAUUGACCUUCAGACAUAAUUUUGUUUAGUUUAGAUAAAUAUGUAUAUGUAAUAACUUUCAUGGUUAGAGUGGAUAUUCACAUACUUUUUAAAAUGGUAAUAGAGAUGUAGCAAUCUGGUCCUUGUGAAAAAACUGACAAAUAUGUAAUAAAGAGUAUCAAGAGAGAAAAGACAAUCUCUAAUUCAGUUGCCCAGAACAGAAUUUUUAGGAAGUAUGCAGAUGUUUAAUAUGAAUGAUAACUACAGAGCAGAAAUAAACCAGUUUUAAAAUAACCAAACAAACUUGAAAUUUUGGUGCCUAACACUAAUGGUCCAUUUGUAGGAAAACCAGACUGGGGAUGUAGCUUAGUGGAAAAGUGCUUGCCUAGCAUACGCAAGGCCCUGGGUUUAAUCCCCAGCAUCCCCACCCCCAAAAUAAUUUGUAGGAAAACUCAUGAGUAUGAUUUUGUAUGCCUUUUUAAAAAAAUAUUAAAAUGUGUUGUCUAUUUAAUAAGUUAAUUAAAAUGCAGAUCAAAGCACCACUGUUUGCUUUUUCCACAUGCAGUUCACAUUUCCUGUAAGUGUGUAAGUAGUUUUGCAAAUGUAAUGUAGCACUAGAAAUUUUCACUUACGCUUAGGUUGAGACCUAAUUCCAUUCCAUGAGUUUUCACUUAGCCACUGUUAAAAAAUACUAAUGUCUUGGUAAAAGAUGUUGUUUAUUGGACUCAACAUGGACUGCUUUUUUGCACUCCGUCACAGCAGUGUCUUUAAGCACAAAUAGAACUAGAAAAUGUGAUGUCACUUUUCAGUUACAAGAAAUCUGGAUUCAUAUCUAAAAAUGUAUAUUAUGAUUAAUAUUGUACAGUUAACGAGUUUAGAAUAGUAGUGAUGUUUUCUCUUAAUUUAACUCAUUUUGUGCCUUCUUUGGUCAUGAAAACACCUAUAUUUUAACAUAAGUUAUUUCUUUGUGAAAUGCUAAACUUCAGCCCAUACCAAAAAACAAAAAAAAAAGAAAAAGAAGGGGAGCCUCUUUGCACUACUACUAUCACUCAAUUCUAAAUUA